AUGUUGAGGAGGAUCAAGGGUAUUUCAACUCGUAAAAAGGGAGGGAGAUUAUAUUUAAUAGUGAUUGCGCUGCUGAUAGUGGUCGGGGUUAUGGCGACAAUGGAUAUAAGAAGUAGUCAUACGGAAACCGGUCACGGGUUGAGAAAAGAAAAUUUCCACAGUAGUUAUGCACCAAGGAUUAGUUAUGUUGUGGUGCAAAACAGACCCUCCCCAGGGUGGUGUAGAAUGCUCUUAAGCUCUAUACUCACCAAUGUGUCGGUGCUUACGUUGGGUGUGGAGGGUAAGUACGGGCAUGUAAGAAGAUGGACCUGGAUAUAUAAUUAUGUAUGGCGGGGAGAAGCGCGUGAGAGCGAUGUGAUUGUGAUAUUCGAUGGGGGAGACACUUUUUUCACAGAAACACAUUUAAGAGAAGAUGCCAUGAAGUAUUUUCUGGCAACAACGCCUAGCACGCCUGAAAAGUUCAAUGAAACAGAAAUCAUACAGGGAGCUAUGACACCUCCAAUGCUCUUCACGGCAGAGGUGUAUUGCGCUAUGCCACAGAUUGAUAUAAUGGUAAAGCAUCCAAGGAAUACACCGCCUGGGAAGUGCAGGAGGUUCUACGAGCGAGCAUUUGAGGCGUCCACCCGAACAGGGACAAGGGCGAUUCUGAGGGCAAAUGAAUCUGGAAGGUCGUAUCUCAAUGGCGGAGGAGUAAUUGCAAGAGUAUGGGCUCUGAGAGAGGCUCUGGAGGCAUUCUUCCGCUUAAAAAAGCAAAGUUUUUUUUGGGGCUGUGAUCAAACUAUGUGGGCAUUUGUGUUUUUGUGGAGUGUAACUAGACCAAGUAACGUGAAACCGAAGUUGUUUCUGAGAAGGGGAAUUAUGAGCCUUGACUACGAAACUCGGUAUUUUCAUUAUCCUUAUGGAAAGGUGAUCAAAAGGGGUGCCAUACUACAUUUUGCGGGGUCGAGUAACGUGUGGAAGGAGACAAUACCCAGGUACCUCAGCGAGAUGAGUUGGUUCAAAGCUCUAAAAAAUUCUUUCACAGAACGAGAGGCUUACAGGCGGCUGCUAGAAACAACUUCCGUUGAAAUACACUCUGCAAGGGGUGCCUUUAGGUAUGUAAAGCUCGGUACUGUGUGCCCCAUCUCUAACGUUUCAAACCCAAAUUGGUUAUCUGGGGAGUUGAGAAAGUAA